AUGAUAUAUGAGUUCUAGCCAAAUGGAAAUCUAAGAUUUCUAAACCACUGGAUUGCCUCCACUUCUCUCUCUAACAAUAAAAAUAUAACCAUUAUUACAAAAAACAUCCCUUUGAGUUUACCAUCAAUUUCUAUAAUAAAAAAAUUGUUAAUUGAUAAAAGUCAAAAUAAUCGACCAGGAACUUAUGACACACAAAGCCAUAAAAGUCACUCAACUGUAAAAAAAUCAAAAUCCCAAGAAGUAACCAUUAGAAAACUCUAAAUUGAUCAUUCUAAAUUUAUCAAAUCCAGUAUGGAAGAAAUUUUAAUCAAUAAAUUUUAAAGUUCUACAGAUAAGAUGAGAGAAUUUCCAACUUAUUGUGUAGAUUAGUAUUAGCCUUGA